AUGGCUGAGAUAACCCCCGUAACAAAACAAAUAUCCAACGACCCUGUGGUCGAGGGCUUCUCUCAUCAUGCCGAUAACAUUGCCUCGGAUCGGGAACCAUAUGGUCCUCCCGGUCUCAAGGGACUGGUGGCUAACCCAUUCGUGCUGCUGUGUGCCGCCUGCUCAACGCUAGGUGGUUUGCUUUUCGGUUAUGACCAAGGUGUCGUGUCGGUGAUUCUGGUCAUGGACCAGUUCUUGACUGAGUUCCCAAAUAUCGACGAGAGUAGUCCCGGCUCAGGGUUUGCCAAAGGGUUGUUGACUGCGAUGAUUGAGCUUGGUGCUUUCGUUGGUGCCUUGAACCAAGGAUGGAUUGCCGACAAGAUCUCUCGAAGGUAUUCGAUUAUCGUCGCUGUUAUCAUCUUCACCAUCGGAUCUGUCCUGCAGACUGCCUCAUAUGGUUACCCUAUGUUGGUGGUGGCUCGGUUGAUUGGUGGCGUGGGAAUCGGUAUGUUGUCGAUGGUUGCACCGUUGUACAUCUCGGAAAUCAGUCCCCCUGAAUGCCGUGGUACGCUCUUGGUGCUUGAAGAAUGGUGUAUCGUUCUCGGAAUCGUCAUCGCCUUCUGGAUCACCUACGGUACACAAUACAUGGUCGGGGAGUGGGCCUGGCGUCUUCCCUUCCUGCUGCAGAUGAUCCCAGGCUUCAUUCUCGCCGCCGGUGUUUACGUGCUUCCUUUCUCACCUCGAUGGCUGGCUUCAAAGGGUCGCGAUGAGGAAGCUUUGGAGAGUCUCAGUAGACUACGAUCUCUGCCAGCAUCCGACAGACGCAUCCGACAAGAGCUGCUGGACAUUCAAGCCGAAGUGCGUUUCCAUCAGGAGAUGAACAAGGAAAAGCACCCGACUCUGCAGGGUGGUGGAAAGAAGAACGCGAUUCUGCAGGAGUUGUCCGCUUGGGCAGAUUGCUUCAAGAGUGGCUGCUGGCGUCGCACUCACAUCGGUGUUGGACUGGGCUUCUUCCAACAGUUCGUUGGUAUCAAUGCUUUGAUUUAUUACUCACCCACCCUCUUCGGGACUAUGGGUCUUGACAAAAGCAUGCAGCUCAUCAUGUCUGGUGUUAUCAACAUAGUCCAGCUGGUCGGUGUAACCAGCAGUAUCUGGACAAUGGAUGUACUCGGUCGCCGUAAGCUGUUGAUCGGCGGUGCAGUUUUGAUGGCAGUCUCGCACAUUAUCAUUGCCGUUCUAGUCGGCCUCUACUCUUCAGACUGGCCGGCACACAAGGCAGAGGGCUGGGUCAGUGUGGCACUCUUGAUGUUCUACAUGCUCUCAUUUGGAGCGACUUGGGGACCUAUCCCCUGGGCAUUGCCAUCCGAAAUCUUCCCUUCUUCCCUUCGUGCCAAGGGUGUCGCCCUAUCCACAUGCUCCAACUGGCUCAACAACUUUAUUAUCGGUCUCAUCACACCACCACUCGUCCAAGACACCGGAUAUGGCGCCUAUGUAUUCUUCGCCGUCUUCUGUGUCCUCGCCGGCCUCUGGACCUUCUUCUUCGUACCUGAAACUAAGGGCCGAACCCUUGAGCAGAUGGACCACGUCUUCAAGGAUAACUCUAGCGAGUCAGAGAAGGAGAAGAGAGCUGCUAUUGAGGCCCAGCUUAUUCAAGCGCAGUAUGAGAGUGCGCAUCGUGAGUUUGCUUGA